AUGACCCAGCCCGCAGGACGCGUCAUGGACGCGCCCCCCGAACUGGCCAUUUGGCUCCGCGCGUCGCCCAUAUUCUGCGCCGGCGACAUGCUCCUCUUCUUCCUCCGGGUCGCCGUCAACUACGCCAUGAUGCCGGUGCUGUCGUGGAGACACUUCGAGACGGACUCGGCGGACGUCGAGAAGCUGGCGCUCGGUCGUUGGAUCCUUCUCCUGCUCGGCGGCGUCCCGUGCCAGACCAUCAAGUUGGUAUCCAUGCGCGGCAUCCCCCUGACGCAGACGUGGGCGCUGCUGCUCUUCCUCGGCCUGCUCUUCGGCGAGGCCGUGAACCUCGCCGCGGAGUGGACCAUUCGGAGGCCUGGCCGCUACCCCGCGUUGAUCCGUAUGCUGCCAUCUAUCAGGGCGAGGCCAUCGGUCAAGGAGUGA